UUCGGAUUCGUCUUGAAUGUCAGACCGUUUUGCCCAAUGUGUCUAAACUGACUUAAAGAAAAAAAAAUCAGUGGAUUUGUGUUGUGUUUUAGUACAGUGCAUCUUUUAAUUGCAAUGUCGGAAUGUUCUCUAUUUUCAGAUAUUCAAACUGAAAAUAAUCAUCAGGUUACUGUUGUGGUUAUAUCAACAUCCUGCAGUUUUGAACGGAAGCUACAUUUAAACAAGGAAACAACCAUAUCUAGGAAUUUAAAUAUGUUUGUAUGCGAACGUUUAAACAAAAUUUUAAUGACAUCCUCUUUGGCGUUCAUGUAUGAUCGUAUGUUGUAGUACUGUGUACAUGCCUACAUGCUUUUUCUGAUUUUAACUAUUUUAAAAGCACAUAAAAGGUGUGUGUAAAAAUGCACACAAUGAAAGUUUCAUCAUAUAUUCUUGAUACUGUUGGUGUAACAAAAAACAAUUCUUGUUUAACUGAGUGUUCUAACUCUGAUUAAAACUAUAAAGUGUUUGUUCAUGUGGCAGAAAAAAAAACCCAGAAAAUUGCUAAAUUGUAAAUAAAUGCGCGAAGAAAAAUAUACGUAACAACAGUCAAAUAGGUGAGUGUCAUAAAAUGACAUUGCUUGAAGUCCACCCACGACUGAAGGUCAAAAACCCUUUAUUAGUUGUUUGUAGAUUUAGACGCAUUACGUGCACGUUUCGAUGACAAAGAAAAAAAAAGUUCAUUCGUCAUAUUACAGUCUGGAGUGUACUUGAUGGUUUAAAUUCCCCGUGUACCUUACGUAGAAGUUGCAAUUGCGAAAUGCAUCCUGUUGUCGUGUACGAAAGUAUUUGUAAAAUAAAAAAUUAACUUCCAUCUCAAUGAUUUUCAAGUUUCUCUUGAAUAAGAAGAAUAUCGAAAUUGAAUAAGCCGACAAGAAACUUUAAAAUUUGUUAAAUGGGUUUUUUAUUUUAUUGCUGCAAUUAAAUGUCUCCAUUCUUUUAACGAAACAUAUUUAUUUAGUACAGUAUCCCAAAGGGAAAAAAUACCCGCUCUCAGCCCCCAUUAUUACCGUUUAAUACCCCCUUGUAUGGUUUUUAGAUUAUUUGCCAUAAAAGGUAAUAAAAGUAACAAGCAAGGGAUAACUAAUUAAAUAAUAAUUAGAGCGUACGCAAAAUAUACACUUAAAAUGUACACUUAAAAUACGGAUCUAAAUUAUGAGGAAGAUAUAUAAAGGAAAGGGAAGAAAUGUCCAAACUAUAUGAGAGAUAUCGCCGCUCUUACGGAGGAAAACAUCGCAAAAAAUGGCCAACAAAAACCAACUUCCAACAGCGUCUGGUGGACAGCAGCUUGGCAGCACACCAAUAUAUAAUCCUACUGUCCCUUUCGUGUACAAAUAUCUAAAGAGUUUGGAAUCAGGAAAGAUAUUUUACAUCAGCGGAAUACCUUCCAAAAAUCCGAAACGAUUUAACAUCAAUCUUAUGAGUGGACAAGACAUAGCUUUUCAUUUUGACAUUAGAAUCUGUUACGGUGAUUUUCGGAAUGUAAUAGUUAGGAACACCAGGCUCAGCAAUAGAUGGGGCCAAACGGAAAGGACUCUGAAUGGACCAUUUCCUUUUAAAGAAGACGAAUUCUUCGAGAUAGUGAUUUUGAUUGAAUCGGCUAGCUUUAAGACUCAACUUCCGUCUGGUGGUCGACACUUUGGUAGCACAGCACUUUAUAAUCCAGCAGUGCCUUUCGUACAUACUUUAGGGACGGUUGAAGCAGGGAAGAUGUUUUACAUCAGUGGAAUAACUUCCCAGAAUCCGAAAAGAAUUACAAUCAAUUUUGAUAGUGGACAAGACGUAGCUUUUCAUUUUGACAUCAGAUUCUGUGUUGGUAAUGACAGUUUGUCAUUGUCAGGAACACAAAGCGUAGCAAUAGUUGAGAAAGAGAAGAAACAGCACUAAAUGGGCCGUUUCCUUUUCAAGCAGAUACAUUCUUUGAUAUAAUUAUUCUUGUUCAUCCAUCCGGUUUUAAGGUAACAAUUUUACUAAACUGACUAAAAGCAAUAUGUAAAAUUAAUAAUGAGUCCUCUACUGUAUGUAUCAAAAAUAUAUUGUGCUCAACGUCAUUUGAACAACUAGUACAUGAUGUUCGAAGAAUAAAGUAGUUUUGAAACAACACUAAUGAACACAUUUUGCUUUACUACAGAAACAAAAAAAGGUAUAUAAACCAGGAAUCACCUGGUAAUGAAAAAAUUAAUUUGACUUCUUUCUUCAAUAAGUUUCAAUUUUCUCUUGGAAGUUAUACAUAAUUAGUCAGUUUUUCCCAUUUCGUCUAUUAGUAAACUGACUUAACGGAAACAAAAAUUUGGGUGUGUUUAAGUACAUCUGUAAGUUGCAAUGUAGGAAUGUUCCCUAUUUCAGACCUUGAAAUAACCAUCAAGUUUUUGUUAUUGUUGUAUCAACCUUUAGCAUUUUCACCGAGUCGUUGACCAGUGGCAUAAUACGUGCGAACAGGGAGCUUUUUAAUGCUGUUUUUACCAGUCAAGGUUAUGUUUUCCUUUGCAUUUUUUUUCAUUUUUAAAGCUUUGUUUUGAGGAAUUGACCGAGGAUGACGUACAAUGAACGCGCCUUGAUGGUGAUGUAUCGAGAUUUUCAUAUCAUUUAUAUUUUUUGCAACAUUCAGGAAAUAUUCAAUAAAAAUACGUAUUUGGCUACCACUCCGUAUUUUCUCAAUUACUGUUAAAAUGUCCCGUAUUUUCGUCAUACCUGUACGAUGUACCCACUUUACUAGAUCGGUCAACGUUGUAUGCAGUUUUAAAAAUACUUAGCCUGUCGGCGAAUGUGUGUUCUUACGUCCGAGUCGGUGGUACACCAAAAUAUAUAUAUAUAUAAGAAAAACGUACGUAGGAGCGGGUGGAAUUUAUGAUAAACGUUAUUUUACGACUUUUCAGGAUGCGGUGGACAGUGGACGAAAGUAAUCUUUAUCGAUAUAUAGACUACCAUUUCAUGUUUCAUUAUUGUGUACUGUCAUUUUAACGUACUUAGCAGGUUUUUAUGACUGAAUAGUAAUGCAUUUUAAUUCUACAUCUAUACUUACUGUACAGUUAAACCAUAGUUGACCCCUGUAAUAUGUGUAAAUAUUGUUAGGACCGUAGAAUCUAGCACAGGAUAGCUUGGUUAGUUUGAAUCCUUGGAUAAAUCUUUAAGGAGAGGAGUUUUAUAAGAUCGUCUAAUUAAUAUUUCCUUUGUAUAGCAUUUUAUUACAUGUAUGUGUAUAAAAAGUCUAAUGUAUAUAUUUUGAAGUAAGUAUGUUUAAAUUAUCUCCAGUCGAGGAUUAAUAGAGAAUCAAGUAACUUUCUCGCCACCCGCUUGUUCGAAGACUCAGUUUUAUUGAAUUUAUUCAUUUGAUCCCUAAUGUCUAAAGAAAUCUGACGCCCCAACUAGUCCCGGGUUGAAAAGAACACAGCGUUUGGAGAAAUGGAAAUAAAGUACCAUAAUUAAACGACCCAAAAUAAUAUAAAUACACGAAAGUACUACAUCUGAGAAUUGUAUGCAGUUUAAGUAUGAACAUAUGCAGUCAUAUUUACAGACUGUGAACCGUCCUGCCUAUAUAUAUGUCUAUAAUGUUAUCAAAGGCUUUUGAUAUACCUACAUAUAUUAAACGUUAUCUUAUUAGAAAUUACCUCUGAGUCAGUAAAUUGAUGACGUCACUCCUAUUUGACAGGGUCACCCAUAAACGAAUGAACGAAUGAAGUUUUCGCUUUUGUUCUUUAACAUUUUUAACAGAACCAACUUUCAACAGCGUCUGGUGGACAGCACUUUGGCAGCGCACCAGUAUACAAUCCUAACCAACUUCCAACAGCGUCUGGUGGACAGCAUCUUGGCAGCACACCAAUAUAUAAUCCUACUGUCCCUUUCCUGUACAAAAAUCUAAAGGGUGUGAUACCAGGAAAGUUAUUUUACAUGAGCGGAAUACCAUUCAAGAAUGCGAAGCGGUAUCGGUUAACAGUCAACCUUUAUUUGAAUUCAUGCACCGAGUUCACUUCCAUCGCAUCGACACGCUUCGUAUAACUGGUGAUGUUCGGCUCUUUGAAGUCAAAAUCUAGAUAUCGAAGAGCAAGCCACUGACAACAGCUGGAUAAGAGAAACGGAGAAAUCAUCUUAAUAGCAAUUGCAAACAUUCUUGUAUAUGUAUAUUACGUUCAUUCAUAUUGAUAUACAUAUACUCAUUUCAUUACCUGUUAAGUAAUAAUGGUAAAAUACAGUUCAAACUAUUGUAAAGAUGCAUGGAACGAAAUGAAAGUGGUUUUAGAAUGCAUAAUCGCAAGAUCUCUAUUUGGGUGAAGCUAAUACUAAUAUAUGUGAAAUAGACGUGUACUUUUUAUAUAUUUAUCUUUUAAAUUGUGUUUUUUCCUCACUUUUCACAAAGACAGAACGCUUUCUUGUAUGCUUUUAUUUGGCGUCCUUGCCAGUUAACGUAACUCUUGCGAUUAGAUGCCAUCCAGGGAAUUCCGAAGGCACAGAGAAUCAGUCUCUCCGGUCUUUAUGCUUACGCAAAACCCGAUGUUUCAGAUGCGAAUAAUAACUGACAUUUUUGCGUUUGGAGUUCCUACAACACUCUUUAUACUGUAGGUACUGUAGAUAUUUAUCCAAAACAUAGUACUGAUUACAUGAAAGCCGUUACCUGCGAAUCAAACUUCAGUUCUCCUAUGUUAUGGCUGUAUUUGGCAUAAACACUUUCCGUGUAAGAUAUAAAAUUCUAUAUAAAAGUUCCGCAUUACGUCAUUCUGAGAAGGCUAUCCAAAUGUUAGUGUAUUGAUAUUUAAGAGCGUAGUAAUUCUGCAAGCAAAUGAUAACGACAUGGACCUUCAGUCAGAAAGGCACGUUUUGGGAUAAAAUGGUUCCAGUUCUUUGUAUGUUUUACAAUGACUUUUAUCCGGACAGCCUAGUAAAAAUUAUCCGAAUCUGGCAACCAGAUAUAGAGUUUCGUCCCAUAGGCUUAAAGUAGAAACUGGAAGGUGGAAUAAUACACCAUUUGAUGAUAGAAUAUGUCUUACUUGUUCCAAUCUUGAAGAUGAAUACCAUUUUUUGUUAGAAUGUGUUUUGUACAAUGAUUUAAGAAAGAAAUAUAUUAGGCCAUAUUUUAUAAAAGACCGAGCAUGCACAAAGCAGUCGAAUUAUUAACAUCUGAAAACAUACAAGUCAUAAGAAAUCUAGCUACCUUCAUUCGUAGUGCCUUUGAAAAUAGAAAGUCUCAUGUGUAAUUAUUUAAUCUACGUAAUUAUAAUGACAUAGAUAGGAAUUUUUGUAUUUUUCUUCCUGAUGUACUUAUACCUUUCUGGAAGUAAACAUAUAGUCUCCUGUCACAACUUUGCAUUGGUUAAGAAAACUUUAUUGAUACAUACACAUUUUUAAUUACCGUUUAAUUAUAACAUGAAUGUCUUUUCAUAUUUAAUUUGCUGGAUGGGUUAAAUGAAAUGAUAAAAUGCGAGGCUCUGCCGAGCAUUUUGUCAGUUGUAUUCAACGAGUGUGAUAGGUUCAAUGUGGAAAGUCACAAAUGUUAUAUUCCUUUUAUCACAUGUUAGCCUUUCCUGUCGAAACACCAAAUAGUCUGCCUUCUUUUACUAUAUAAACAAGUCAGGUGGACCAACGCCUUCUAUACCACAAACGACGUCGACGUCAAAGCUUUAUUACACUAGUAUAUUAACAUUUUUAUUUAAUGACUUUAUAACACUCCCUCGACGACAAACAUGUGAUAAAAUGUAUUUCUGUACGCAAAUAUUUUUUUCCAAUUGACGUUCAAAGUUCAUACUGGUGUGUGAUGUUAUCUGUGACGACACUUUCAUUAUGACGACGCGUGCAAAAUUUCCUUAAUGACGAUAUUUUCAGUUUCACUUAAUUAAUACCAGAUUUGCAUCUUUUUUACUAGUCUUAAGCGUAGACAAGUAUGUAAUAAACACAUUAAGCUUAUUUCCGCCAUUGACAAAACAUUUCAGAGUUUGUUUUAAUCGUCUACUUCUGAUUUGAUCAUGGGUCAUGUUGACCUACAUCAAAUGUGUCAUGGAUUUAUGUAUCAUUAUGAUGCUUGUAUCAUGUAAUGUGUAUUAUUAUGAUUCUUGUAUGAAUAAACUUGUUCUUCUUCUAUGCUAUAAACACUAAGCCAUUAUAAAUUCCAUAUCAAGUUUCAUUAAAAUCCAUGAUGACGGUUUUUCUUCGCGAGAUGUUAUUCCAUAUACACUUGUUAUGAAAAUUUGCAAGCAUUCCAAAAUUUAAGAAGUUAUCCAGCCAAGAUAAAAAUGACUAGGUUUUAUUGAAUUCUUCAUGGAAGAAGAUAAAGAUGAUUAUAUAACAUGCAGAAUUACCUUAACCUCGAAUUUUGAUACAUUUAUGAAUAUAGACCAAAAUUUUAUGAACGGAUGAAGAAAUUCAUUGAAUAUACAACUUUACCCUCCUUCUAAAGAUAAAUAUGGUAUUUAAGAUUUUGACUUAUUAAAUGAUUUCAAAUUGUCUCUUAAAAUCGACUUGAAUUGUACGUAUAUCUUUAAUUCUAGAUAAAUAUCUCAAAAACAAGUACAUGGACCUAUACAUUUUAUUUCACCAGAUUAUAGACAGUACUGUUUCAUUAAAAUUUACAUUUUAGAAAUUCAGAAUUAUGACCUUUCCAUAGACUCCCAUUAUGAAAACUUAAGUGAGUUCCAAAUUUCAAAGUAGUCUAGCUAAAAAUCAAGCACAUGACCCUAUUUGUUUUAUUUCCCGAAUUUAAGUAUAUUCUAAAGUCUUGAAAAAAAAUAUGGUGUUAUCAAAUUCCACAUGGUAGAAAUAAAUUGAUCGGAACGAGAAGAGCAACCUUAACCAGAUAUUUUCCUUAAUCCUGAAUGCUCAAAGAUCUGUCAACAAUUUAACCGGACACGUUGUAAUGUAAACACUUAAAACAAUCUAUAUAUUGUAUGCAAUGAGGAAUACAAAGGCCAAGGAAGAAAACUCGUAAUCAUAUGAACAGUAGCUCUGCUAUUCAU